CCCAGAGUGUCUCACCUAAACCAGUAUCUCAAUCAGAGGUGCCAAAUUUGUAAGAGACGUCUUCAAAAAGAGGCCAAAUAAGCUUCCACACCUGAAUUAUUGUAUUGGAGAAGUUUCAUCUGGAAGGGUUUGUGCCGAAUCUGCAAGUUUACACCAUCAGCUCUUUUGGGCUUCCUUCUUUUGGAUAGUUAAUCUGUUCUCCAGCCCCAAAAGAACCCGAGAAGAUGGCGUUCCUGCUGCAGCAGAUGUUGGGGGACAAACUGAAGAACAUGACGGGUGGGAAUGAUGGUGGAGAUGAAAGCGCAGUGGGUAAAGAGACUGCGGCUUCGAAAGGAAUGAGCAGAGAAGAGUUUGAAGAGUACCAGAAACAACUCAUCGAGGAGAAGAUAGCGAGGGACAAAGAGUUUGCCACAAGCAAAGCCGAGAGAGCGAACUUGCGAGUGCUGCUACGUGACAAAUACAGACUACCAGAGAGCGCUCAGGACGAUGCCACCGUGCAGAUGGCAGGAGAUGAUCUGGACCUGCCUGAAGAGCUUGCAAAGAUGGUUGAGGAGGAUGAGGAACAGGAAGAGAAUAAAGAUUCUUUUCUGGAAAAACUCCAAAACAUGGAUGUGGACUUUGACUCAAUCAAAGCCAAAGCUCAGAACACAAUGACUGAAGUGAAACAGGCAGCGGAAGAGAAAUGUGUCGUCAUGUAAUUAUUCAGUCAACCGUACGAUAAACCCAACACAAACUAUCCAUCGCCAUUUUUAUGUGGCUCAUCGUAUGUAUCGCGGCAGUUUCCUGUUGAAAUGAACACUAGAGGCGCUACAACAACAAUGACUUUUAUUCACUUUCACACAAAUCACGAGUAAAACGGCAGGUUAUCAGUUCAUAAACACUUACUUUGUUUUUUAUCUGUUUCUCACACAAUGCUAGCUUUUCACAUCUAAACACUUUUGCUGUAGCCAACUACAUUUACAGGCUUGUUCGAGUGUAAUCAAAUUGCACAGUAGCUCAACUGAUAGAGCAUUGCACUUGUGAUGCAAAGAAAUGGGAUACAAGUCCUGAAGAACACACGAGUCCAAACGUGAGCCGAAAGUGUCUUAGAAGCACCACAAAAUGACACAAUUGUGCUUUUUUGCUCACAUUUGCUUUUUCUGACACUAUUGGUUAAGUUUAAGGUUUAGGUUAGGGUGGUCAGUUUUGUUGCUUUAAACUCAAUAGAGCAUUAUACUUAAAAACUUCAUCUGUUUAGGAGAAUAUAUAACUCACUUUUAGUGCCACACAGUGGACAUUUCACCUCUGAACUGCUGUGAUAUGUGUAAGGAGCAUCAUGUAAUAUAAUUCUGUAAAACUUUCGCCACAGUCACAUCAAUUUAUGUCAACCCAUGAUUUGCUACUUGUUAUUGCCAGUCGGAGGCAAGUGGUAAGUAUACAGUAGUUUAGAGGGAGGGGACGUUCACAUUCUAGAGAGCAUUUUAUUGGACAAAAAUGUGUAUACACCCCUACGGACAAGAUGAGUCUUCAGUAUUUUUGGUCCAUUUUGCCAGAAGAUGAGUAUGUCAGCUAAAAAUCUGUUUUGUUAACUUUUAGGAGUACACAAUAUCCAAAAAUCAUAUCCACAAUUUGUACAUUUAAGCAUCCUGAAAUAAUAAUGAUUCAUCAUAGGAAAUUAUUUAUAAGAAAAAUGGAACCUUAAAAAUUAAGUAAACAUGCUUAGGCUAUUAAAAUAUACAGUGCACAUAUUGUUUGCGAUGGUGCACAACUGUCUUACUUUUUUGUUUUUAAUUUUAUUUAUGUUUCAGUCAGCACUGAUUGUCAGAUUCAUUUACAAUGCUUUGUAUCAUGCUAUUGUCACUAUGUAUUGAAAAGCUGUAAAAUAUUUACCAUGUUUACAAAAAAGGAGUUUUGUGUCUGUUUGCAUUCACAGUACUGAACAUUAAAGGAAUAUUCCAGGUUCAAUACAAGUUAAACUCAAUCGACAGCAUUUGUGUCAUUAUGUUGAUUACCACAUAAUUAAUUUAGACUCUUUUUUUUUUAAGGUGAAUAUCGAGGUUACAGUGAGGCACUUACAAUGGAAGUCAAUGGGGCCAAUUUUUGGAGGGUUUAAAGGCAGAAAUGUGAAGCUUAUAAUUUUAUAAAAGCACUUACAUUAAUUAUUCUGUUAAAAUGUAAUAUUUAAACUCUAAAGUUGUUUAAAUCGUAGUUUUUAUGGUUAUUUUAGGGAUUUAGUUUUUAAAGCGUUACGUUUUCUUGGCAACAAAGUUGUACGAUUGGCUAGAACUUUACACAGAAAAGGUUAGUAUGUGAUUUUAUCACUCUAAAAUAAUGUAAACACGCAUUUUGUUUUCAUCUUGUGGCUAUACUUUUGAAACUUUUGAGUAUUUUGUACUUCCACCAGCCUUCCCAAAAAGACCAUUAGACACCUGCAGCUCAUUCAAAAUUCUCACCCAAACCAAAAAAAAUCAGAGCAUAUAACUCCAGUCCUCAGGUCUUUACACUGGCUUCCAGUUACAUUUAGAAUUUAUUUUAAUGUAUUAUUACUCGUUUAUAAAUCACUCAAUGGCGUAGGAGCUAAAUACAUUGCAGAUAUGCUUGUUGAAAAUAAACCUAACAGACCUCUCAGAUCAUUAGGAUCAUGUCAGUUAGACAUACAGAGGGUUCACUCAAAACAAGGUGAGACAGCGUUUAGCUAUUAUGCCACCCGCUGCUGGAACCAGCUUCCAGAAGAGGUCAGAUGUGCCCCAACAGUAGCCACAUUUAAAUCCAGACUGAAAACACAUCUGUUUAGCUGUGCAUUUAUUCACUGAGCACUGUGCUGCACUUACUGAUUGUACUUCAUCAUUUUAUUUCUGUAUUCUUUUUCUCUCUUUUUUAAUUCAUUUUAAUCAUUUUUACUUUUUUAAAUUGAUCUUAUUACUUUUUAUUCUUAUUUCUUGUUCUUAAUCGAUUUUAAAAUUAUUUUAUGUAUCUUAUAUUUGUUUUUGUUGUAAUAUUGUUUAUGUAAAGCACUUUGAAUUGCCAUUGCAUAUGAAAUAAAUAAAUAAACUUGUCUUGCCUAUUUUGUUUUACAUUUAUGGAUUGGCCCUAUUCACUUCCAUUGUGAGUGCCUCACUGUAACCCAGAUUUUCUUUAGAAAAGAAAAUGAGGGUCAAGUCAGAUUGAUUUUUUUGUGGUAAUCAACAUUAUGCUACAAAUGCUGUCGAUUGAGCUUAACUUGCAUUGAACCCGGAAUAUUCCUUUAAAGUCUGGUAAACUUGAUGAAGGAUUAUAACUAACAAUUUUAACUGUUAUAUUAUGUGCAAUUUUUUAUAAAUUUGAUUUGUUAAAAUAAUGUGCAUGUAACCCUAUGUAUCUAUAAUCAUUAAUGCAUAAUUAGAGCAACAAUUAA